UUUAGUUUCUUGAUACUAUAAAAUGGCGUAAAAACAAACCCAUUUGCACAAAUUCACAAAGAAUCAUUAUCAGAAUGGGGGAAGAAGAAAAAAGUAAGAAAAUAUCAGCAUCAUCAGCAAGAUCUCAUACUCGCAAAUCUAAUCUCAAUUCAUCUUCUCCAUUUUCUUUAGGUUUGUAUGGCAAAAUUAGUGUGGUUGUGCUUGUAGCUAGCUUGGCAUGGGCGGAGAGGGCUCUCCGCCCACCACCACCAAAACUCACAGGGUCGCCUGGCGGCCCUCCAAUAACAGCUCCAAGAAUAAGGCUAAGAGAUGGUAGACAUUUAGCCUACAAACAAUAUGGUGUCCCUAUACAUGAAGCCAAUCACAAAUUCAUCUUUAUUCAUGGAUUUGACUCUUGUAGACUUCAUGCUUUCAUUGCCACCGAAGUUUCUCCUGAUACAAUUGAAAGCUUGAAGUUGCAUAUUGUGGGGUUUGAUAGGCCCGGGUAUGGAGAAAGCGACCCGGACCCGAAACGAACACCAAAGAGUCUAGCAUUAGAUGUGGAAGAGCUUGCUGAUCAACUUGGGUUCGGGCCUAAAUUUUAUGUAGUUGGCUAUUCUAUGGGUGGAGAAGCUACAUGGGGUGUGCUCAAGUACAUUUCACAUAGGUUGGCGGGAGCAUCGUUAGUAGCACCGGUAAUAAAUUAUUGGUGGUCAAAUUUACCAAAAAAUAUGUCAAGAGAAGCAUACUACAAAUCACAACUUCCACAAGAUCAAUGGUCAUUAAGAGUGGCACAUUACACACCAUGGCUAACUUAUUGGUGGCAAACUCAAAAGUUGUUCCCUCCUUCCAGUGUUAUUGCUCAUAGUCCUAAAGUUUUGUCUCGUCAAGACAAAGAAUUAAUGCACAAAUUUGAGAAACCAGAAAACGCUUAUCCUGUACGACAACAAGGAGUAUACGAAUGCAUCCAUCGAGACAUGAUUGUUGGAUUCGGUAAAUGGGAUUUCGACCCAAUCGACUUGGAAAAUCCAUUUCCGAACAAUGAAGGAACAAUACACCUAUGGCAUGGCGACGAAGAUAGGCUUGUUCCGGUUGCAUUGCAAAGAUAUAUAGCUGAAAGGUUACCAUGGAUUCACUAUCAUGAGCUUCCUGGUGCUGGCCAUUUGUUCCCUUAUGCUACUGGCAUGAGUGAUGCUAUUGUUAAAGCUCAAUUGUCUAUUGAUAAUUAGAAUAAGCUACAGAUAAUAGUUAUAUAUAUA